UAGGAAGGUUUUCUGAAAACACGGUGAUUUGUUGAUUUGACACUCAUCACAUCAUACAAACAUUAAUGCAAUAUUCGGCCGCAUAUUGCAAAGAGUCACCGUGGCUGAUAGAUGAAUGAUGGCUAACUUGAAGGUGAUAGUUGGAUGCUCUGUUUCAUUCUUUGGCUUACUAUGGCUGUUCUUAUGGAAGAGAUCUCCGAAACAAAAACCACCAUCUGAUUCAAAUGAGAAUGAGGACAGUGUUAACCAGUCUGAAGGUUCACACAGAAAACUACCCAGUGUUGGUUCUAAGAAUAAUCUGCCUGAUGUAGUUCACCAAAGUACAGAGUCCUCAGGGACUGAACAAGAGGUUGUCUUUGAAAAGAUUGUACCAAAUAUUGAGGAAGUGCUACAGACAGGGAGCAGUAAAUUAGGUGAGAGCUGUAGCUUUGAAACCCAACCUGCUGAUGUACAUCAGAAUUGUGUGGAGGCACAGAUAUUGCCUGUGCAGGAAGAGGUGCUUACAUCCUCUUCCAAUGUUGUCACUCACACCAAAGGAAAGACAGAGUCUUCUGAGUUUGACAUGCUUUGCAAUGGAGAUAAUAACAGGUUUUCAACCUCAGAAUACAAUUCUACUCAGAUUGCGGGAAAUGAUGAAAACCAACAUGAGAAUCCUGUCAUGAACGAGGCAUUCAUAACAUCAGAUAUUGGAGACAGCAUAUUAAAUAAGUAUAGUGAAAAAACAGUGGAUUCUACACCUGAUGUAUCUCUUUCUACCUCAACCUUUGCUGAACCACUGCUAGAAUCAACUAAACUAGACACAACAUCCUGUGAAAAUGAGCAAAGCAUGAAAAUAGAAUGUUCUGUGCCUUUGUCUGCAGAAAAUAACAUUACGCUCCGUAAAAACCACUUGAAUGGUAAAAAAGCCAUUGACAAUGAAAAAGACCAGAAUGAAUCUGUGAAAAACAGUGACGUUUCAGAAUUAGACUUCAUGUUGAAUGAUGUGAACAGUAAUCAUGGUGAUCAAAUGACCAGUAGUUGGUCUUCUGAGGUAGAGAGUUGUGAUAAUGUUGAUAAACAGAAAGACAUUGAACACUGUGAGGGAGAUAACUCUAACCCAAUAAACUCACCAGACCCAGCUGGUCAGUCAUCAUCCAAAACUGAAAGUGAAACUAGUGCUCAUGGGUCAGACUCCAACACCUCAAACUGUGAUAGUGUUUCAAGUAAUUGUAGUAGUCGAGCCUCCAGUAUAGUAGAAGGUUCAAACAAGUCUAACGGUUCCAAAAAAAAACAGUCCUAUGAGUUCCACUUUCCUUCACAAUUCUGUGGACGUUUGAUUGGUAAAUAUGGGAAAAACAUCCAACAACUUAAGGAACGAUCCGGGGCCAACAUAUCUCUGAGUAAUCACCCAUACACACCGGACUUCCAAAUCUGUCUUGUUGAAGGUACUCAGAAACAGAUAGAUGAUGCACUAAAGGUAAUAGGCAGAAAAUUCCCAGAGGUUGACUUGACGGCAAUAGGAGCUGAAGUUGAGAGCGAGUCUGAGCCCAGCACUAAUGGCAAACCCUUAUUGAUGCCAGAUAUAAUGCAGGUGUGCGUCUCCUUUCAGCUCAACCUCCCUGAGGGCGUGUCCAUCGACGUGGUGGUGUCUAGUAUUGUAGACGCAGGACAUGUGUUUGUACAACAGCAUACCCAUCCUUCCUUCCCUUCAUUGGAGCGACUCAAUCAGUUUAUGAUAGCUUGUUACACACAAGAUGGAAUUGUGCCACAGCUCCCACGACCACUAGAGGUUGGAGUGAUAUGUUCUGCGCCAAUGCUGAAUGGAUGGUAUAGAGCCCAGAUCACGGCUGUGUAUGAUGAUACAGAUGAAUGUGAUAUCAAAUAUGUUGAUUACGGAGGAUUUUCACGUGUUCCAGGCUGCACACUCCGCCAAAUCAGGAGUGACUUCAUGACAUUACCUUUCCAAGCUGUAGAAUGCUACAUGGCUAACAUCACUCCAAUUCAAGAAGAAGAAUACUUCAGCUCAGAAGCUGCAGCCACACUAGAAGAGCUCACACAAGGGAAGUUACUCCAAGCGCAGAUAGUUGGUCGCAGCGAAGACGGCACUCCUUAUAUCCAUAUAUAUCAAAUAGCAGGAGAGAAGGUGUUAUUUGUGAACAGAGAGUUAGUGAACAGAGGUGUGACUCGCUGGAUAGAACUAAUGUCAUGAGAGACACCUGUGAUGCUAGACUGAUCCUAUAUAAGAGGCACCCUUGCUUUAUUUCUAAUAAGGUCAUUCUUACAUCUGGUGACCCAGGGCUGAACAUUGAGGUCUCUAAUUGCUCCCCAGCAAAUCUACUAGACUGAUGAUAAUUCUGAAUGACAGAUAUUGAAAAUGUCUGCUGAUGUCAAGUACAUUUACAUGUUUUUAACCUUUGAUAACAUCACAUAUUGGAAUCAGAAUUGUUGAUGUUUUAUCUUUACUUGUAGAAUUUGCUCUGUUGAUAGUGCAAAGAUUGAUGGAUAUUGAACUAAAGGACAAAUGUGGUAUUGCAUUUAGAAAAGUUUACCUAUGUCACUAUGGAAGGCCUUGGCAUUAACUAAUUUGUGGUAUUCUAGCUAGCAAAGCAUAACAGAAUCUGAAAAUUUUCUUAUGGUAUAGACAAUUUAUUAUUAAUCACUAAGACCAUCAGGACGUCAAUGCUGGACAAUUCAGCAUGAUAUAAGAAAGUGACCCUUGACCUUUAAAUUUAUGAGAAAAAUGUCCUAUAUGUUUACAGAGUAGGUCUCCUAGAAAACUGUCCACACUAUUUACUAAGUUUUGUCAAACUAGAGCUACAAAUGGGGAGAUAGACAUAUUAAUCAGUUGAUCAAUGUUUCCAUCUGGCCUGAAGUGUUGAAUACAAAGAUCAUUACUCUUGAGACAAGUUAGAUACAGGCCACUGAAGUUCACAGUGUCUGUCUGUGAAGAAGGUGUUGUUUCCACUUGAAUUAUUCCACCUGGAACGGGUAAGACAUUACCAUGAAAGAUAGACUGACAGAAAGUGAACAGUUAGGAGAAGAACGACCUGCAGUGAUAUAGGAACAGCCAGUGAUUUUAUCUUGAUAUGUUACAGUCUUAAGGCCUAACCAUGCUCCUUAACCUAAGUGCUACACAUCCUGCCUUUAAGUAUAAAAACCUCAGAUAUUCAGUCUAAAUCCUUUAUCAUGAGAAGUACAAUUAGUAGGAGGUGGCAUGAAUUCAGUUUUAUUUUGGUGAUGUAUCACUCUGGUAUUGAAGAUAAUUUAUUAAUUCAUUUUUGCAAUUUUUUGAGCGUUUUGGUUUUAAUUUAAUGCUCUUGUAGGUACUGGUAUAAAAUGCUAGGAGUUAUUCAAGAAGUAUUGAUAUUGUUGCAGCAACUACUUAAGUUUAAACUUCACCACCUACAAGUGUAUUACGAAGUGCACAUAAAGUAACUGUUGUGUUUUUAUGUGGCCUGUUUUAUGUUAUUCAUCAUGCAAUAUCAAAUUUUAUAUUCUGCAAAGAUGUUAUCGAGCCAUGUGUUGUGUCUGUUAUGGAUGUUCCCAUAUAAGGUAAUGUAGGUUAGUGUUUGAAUAAAUAAUUAUUGUUGAUUAACUUUUUUUAUGUUUGAUUCCAAAUAAUCCUGAUUAAAGUAUUAAUUAUAGUAUGAUUGCUAUAUAUACCAAAUGUUUAUUGAAAUAUGUGUUGUAUAUUUGAGUUUAAGUUAUGUGAUAUUAAAGAGAUGUCUUUAAUUGAGAAAAAGUUUUUAUGAAGAAGCAUGGAAGGUUUCCCUCUGUUAUACAUACACAUACAAGGUGAUAAUUAUAAGGUUAUGAAUAUUUUUUAAGACUAAACAAAGGCUCUUUAGAUCAAAUAAAAUUGCUAGUUAUGUUAAUUAUCUAUAUAUAAACAAUUGAAAAUUGUAUCUUUAUUUUCAAAAUGCAUAAUAAUUAUCUGUGGAUAAUUUAGUGAGAAUUGUAGAUAUGGAACCACAAUUUUCCUUGAUGUAUUGAAAUUUUUUGGAGAAGACCUCAACCUUGCUUAAUUUGAUAAUUUGUAGAAUAGUAUUAGUAACCAUGUGUGGAUUGUCACAAAUCUAUUCACCAGUACCAGGUACUGGUGCUACUUUAAGAUGGCAAGUUAUUUAUAUAUUGAAAUCAGUGAAAUAUAUAUCUCAAAAAGACUUAAAUACAGAUAGCUCUUAGUCUCAUAAAAAGAUCCCCGUAAAUCUGACGGACCUUUAGGUAGCUGAGUAUGUCAUGUUACUAUCUCUUUGAGGGGAAGAACUGAGAUUACUUCUGUAACUGCCAUUUCACUCAAAUACCUGGUAGGUACUAGCACAUAACUGCUCGUCCUAAAAGUUAAAAAAAAAUACUGCCUGUAUUCAUCUUAUUUCAUGUGUAUUGUGUUCAGACAAAGCAGUGUUAACAUUGUAAAACAUCUCCAAUUCAAUUGAAUUUUUUCUUGAUAAAGAUACCUAAUGUUAAGGGAAGAAUGAAAAAACAAGUAAGGACUUCAGUUUGGUUUACAUCAUUAUCAAAAAUUAUGUAACAUUUACUUGUGUUUAGUAUAUUCAUACUUCUACUAAUAUUUUCAUUUUUUAUAUUAGUGCUAUUUAAUGCUAGGUGGGGUUUUUUUUCAUGCCAACAUAUUUCACCAGUGAAAUAUUCAUUGACAUUUUCCCAUGAAUUUGGCAAGAAAAAAAAGAAUUAUUUAUAUUUAAGUAUUGAAAAAAAAGAAGAAAAAUCCCUUUUUAUGAUUGUUCAUUAACGCCUACAGAUUUUUUUAAGGGGGAAUUUAGGUACUGAAAAAUACACAUACAAUCAUAUUAUUCCCUACUGAAGUGAUUAACGAAGAUAUAUAAGGAAACUAUUCAUCCUCAUAACUGAAGAUAAUUUAAUAGACUAGAGACGUUCACUGUAAUAAUUACAGUAAUUCACGGCGCAAAAUAUAUAACAUGAUUUACAAGUUCUUUGCUGCAUUUUUUUUGCUUGCUUUUACAUGUUAAAGUCAUUGAUCUGAUUGCCAUCAGUACUAGUCUAUAAUGAAAUGUUGCCAUAUCUAUGAUCUCGGUACAAUGACCCUGUCCUCCAUAUUUUUAUCCUUACACAUACUCCCAACUAAACAAAUACCACUGCUGAACAAGAGAGAAUUCAAUCUAUUGAUAGGCCAAUGGAGAUCUUCAAAAACACAAAAUGUCUAUUGCUGCAAACGUGUGCUAUUUUGAAGUUAUUGAAAUUUUACUUUUCCCCUCACCUGUGCAUUUCAUUUUGUACAACAUGAACAUAUAAAAGUAUUUUAAAGAAGUUGGAUUAUGUCCCUUUACGACUUUUCUGUUUGAUGCUUGUUUUCAUGUUUGGCUUAUUUCUCAGGACCCAUUCAGAUAUUGAUCGUCUGAUUUUUACCUACCAAUACAUGUUAUUCAGUAUCCGUGUUUGGCACUUGUUUUAGAUUUAUCAAAGGAUUUAUGUUUGGAAAAAUCUAAGUCAUGGAUUUUCAAACUUGCUUUGUUCAGUGUUUAAGGAAUUAAACAUUCCUUAUUCAGAUAUUGAUGGAUUAAAAAUUGUUCUCUUAAAGCGGUAAUAAUGUAUGUAAAACUUGUUGAAUAUAUAAAAGAAUGAAAGAAAAUUGCUAGGAACAAAGAUAUGAUAGAGAGUUACUUAACUAUUCAGUAGACUGUAAAAUUUUGAAUUUUUCCUGCACAGGAAUGCCUUGUUUAUCUUAUAAUGCUACUCGGACAAGCUGCCAAAGAUCAAUUUAAUUUUAUACAAUUUUCACUUUAGGUGGGGUUUUUUUUAUAUGUGCUGUGGCAUUGAAAUGCCUGGUGCUUUAUUAGUGUGACAUAAUUGCUACACUUCACCAUUGGAAAAAUGUAGUAUGUAAACAUUUUCACAGAAUGAAAAUAGACAUUAUUAUAAAAGUAUACACAAAUAGCAACCAUUUUGUGCCCUGCCUUGCCCUUUCAAUCAUCCUCCUCAGCUUUGACUUUCCAUUAGCAAGGAAAUCUAAACAAAAUGAUCAAUCUACAGAUAGUUGCUUUUUGUUGAACAUUGCAUUGUAUGAAGUCGACUUUAUCUGAAAGGAUCAGUGAUCCAUUGAAUCACAUAGUAUAAACCUGUUAGAAGAUAAUUUGCAGUAUUAGCUUAUGUUGGCCAGAGUUCAUUUUCAUUCAGAAAAUAAGUGUUAGCACAGCUUUAUACUGUUGUUUUGUGCUUUUGAGAAUUCCAAUAACUGAUUUUUUAUCUUCUUUUUUUUUUUCAUUUUUUUAAGGAUUUUAGUAUUUUGCAUUGUCUCAAACACAUACCACGAUCCUGGUAGUUGAACAAGAGAAUUUAUAUGAUAAUAUUUGACAGUGAAAGUGCUAAUAGUAUUAAUAUUAUAGAGCAUUUUAUUGCUUGUUUAUACACGGUAGCAUGAUCCAUAUUGUCUCAUUCACUUGUAUUUUUAUUGUUGUUUAAUAAUGUUCUUUAUGUUAUAGUUCAAUUGUACAUGUGUAUUUUUUGUUUUGUUUUGUUUCUAUUUGUGCGAGAGAAAUUUGUUUGCCAAUAGGAUUCUUGACAGCUAGGUAAGCUGAUACUGAAGAUACAUUUAUCAUCUAAGGUUUCCAAGGAAUAACACAAGACUGAUCAAACUGACUAUGGUGAAUAAAGAUACAGAAAGCUAUCCUGGACUUUAUGGGUGACUGUGUUUCAGAAAGUUAUAUCUAUACACUUAAUUAAAAAAUACAUAUCUUAUUUCAGUGCAAUAUCAAUUUUUGGAAAAUUUAUCAAUUAUAAAUUAGCACGUCCACAAUUACUGCUAUAUAAACAGAAAACAUAAUCUGCGUUGAAUAUAAUUUUUUUUUUAGCACAAUAUUGUUAUAAUGGGAAGACAAGAUAACCGCUGAAAUAAGACUACCACUAAAACAAGUACCUUUACAGUAAAUUGUAGUAGAGUUAUAACAUUUCUCGAACUUGCCAUUUUGUACUUUUGAAGAAUUCUCAAUAUGAUACAGUCCCAUGACAAUGACUGUUUAUUGAUAUAGAAGAAUUUUAAAAGUCACUUGAUAAUGACAAUUCCUUGAGUAGCUGUCCCACAUAUCAGGUCAAUAUAUAACUGUUACAAGACUCAAAGGAUUUGUUGAAGGACUUGUAUAAACUUAAAGACAGAAUGAUAUUGUCAGCUACCAUGAUCAGCCCUAGUUCUAUCCAUUGAUAAACAUACUUACCAUAAUACAACCUGAGGUCACAAUGACAAAUAGGUAUCAAAUAUACUCGUACAUGGACAACUCUGUCCCAUCUUUUUACUAGUUGUUUCAAACCUUUGUUAUCUUACCUUACAACUAUCCAAGGACAUGUACAAUUGAAGCUGUAAAGAAUGAAAUACAGGUCGCAUACUUCUACAUCAGAUGAUUUUAGUUGGGCGAGUGGUGAAUUUGAUUUAGUUUGAACAUCUGUAAGAGUGAUUUUUUGCGUUUGUAUGAGUGAGUUUUCUGAGUAAUUGUUCUGUAGUUAAGGCAGUGUUAUUAGAUGCUAUAGUUGUUUUACAGUUGUUAAUACACCUUUCAUAUCACUGGUGCACUAGUUGACCUUUUCAUAAGUCUGGAGAUUAAGAAAGUGAAGAAAAAAAUUAAUAUGACUUACAUCAAUAACAGUAUUUAAAAAUAAAAAAAUGUAUAUUAAUACUAAGCUGUAAAGUGUUUAUGAUUUGAAACAGUUUUUGGUGACUACUUGAAUUGAUGUGGAAGUAAAUCCAAGUUCAACCAGUAUGUAUUGCUGUUGAAUAGUAUUACCAACAGUGUCCAGGUCUGUCAUUAUGCUUAACAUUUCUUGUUAUCACUUUUUAUUGAGCAGUACCAAGAUUUCAUACAUAUGUAACCUUCAAUCUUCAGUUGUACCCUUUAAAUUAUGGGACUGAUAAGGGGGAAAAUGGCCGACAGACAAUAAUCUAAGACUAGGCAGUUAAAUAUUUUCAGAAUUUUCUAACAGAAAUGUUCAAAUUUCAUGUAAUUAAAGCAAAAGCAAAGGAAGGAAGGGAAAGGUCCAACUUUUAAAUAACAAGUAAAGAUCAAGCAAUGAUGGCACCGUCCUUUUGGUUAUUGUCUGGUAGGAAGUCCAUCCCAUGAUGUUGAGGUGUGAUGUAAAUAUGAUUUCUCUUAAGGUGAUCAGUAUUAGAAGGCAGUAACCAUGGUAACAGAGUUAAAUUGCAUUGUUGGGGUAAUAUGUACGAGAUAUUUAUGUUUUGCACUGUUUACCAAUUAAUAAUGUGGGAUUUUAUAAUCACAUUAAAUAUCAGUAUUUCAUUUCCGUUAUAUAUAUUUGUAUGUUUGGUUUCAUUUCCUAAAAUGAGCUAUUUUGGUUUCAGUGCUAGAAAUUUGGCCAUCUAAAAUUUUGGGUUUGUUAAUAUGCAUAAACAGAAAGAAUGAUUUAUGCAAAGAGUGACUUUUUUGCAAUCAAAUAUUUCCAAAGUUUUGUUAUUUUAUUGAUGCGGGAUAGAUUCAAUAUGAUUGUUUAGCAUAGCUGAUGCAUUUGACCCUCUGCCAUGGGGAGGGAGUUCUGAUACAAGUGCUUGCAUGUUCCCCAUUAGUGGAAGAUAGAUAUCCAUGUAAUACAAUCCAGUAUACAGUUAGCCUGGGACAGAGGCCUAUUUAGGGUACUGCAAUACCUAGACAACAUUCAACAUGCCAAAUAUUUUACCUUUUCACUGUGUACAAUAUUUACAAACAGAAAUCAGAUCUCUUAUUUCACACUCCUGACAGAUGUUGCUUAACAUUUAGCUUUGAUGUUACCAAUAUUUUGUUUUGUAGAAAAUGUUACUGUUGUAAUAAUUACCAAAACUCAAACACGAUUCUGCUAUCCUGUAACUUCAUUAUGGGCUUAUCUCCCCUUGGAUUGAUGAUUUUAAUGUAUGGUUGAAGAUCAUUCUGAUACCACAAUCCCAUGUUGUGUCAUUGUGUACUGGUCUCUCGCUCUAAAACCCUAAUUUCGCUGUCAUCCUUGUAGAUUUGCUAGAUGUUUUGUGUCUCAGGAAUACCAGUGCUGUCAAAAUAGCAAGCCAUACAUGUAAAUCUAGAGAAGUAGUGCUGUACAGACCAGAGAGAACCUUCUAAUAUAUAUUUUUUCAGAACAGUGGGUGUACAUAUAGAUCAGAAUCAUAUACUUUUUAUGUCUUUGGGUUCUUGUAUCACUUGUCAAGUUGAUAGUAUAGAGAUUUUAAAAUCUCAGUUUUAAUAAAUUUUUGUUUGAAUGUCUCGAA